UGCCUCAGCCUCCCGAGUAGCUGGGACUACAGACACGCACCACCAUGCCCGGUAGAGACGGGCCUUCCCCAUGUUGGCCAUGCUGGUCUUGGACUCCUGACCUCAGGUGAUCCACCUGCCUUGGCCUCCCAAAGUGCUUGGAUUACAGGCAUGAGUCUGCACCCAGCCCUCUGCUACACAUUUUCAAAUUUAUUUUCUUCUAUUAAAUUCUACCUGUAG